AUGACGUUCCUUGUGGAGACUUUUGUCAGUGAGUAUUGGAUGUUCUCCAUUUCAAGCCUUUCAUCCAGAAUAGAUCCUAGGGAGCUCUACGAGAAGUAUGACCUUGGAAACGAUCAGGAGCUACUGCCUCACACAAACCGUCUCAGGUUUCUAGAAAAAGUAGCCAUCCUAACCCAAUUACAAACUAUUGAGGAACAAGAGAACCAGAAAUGGAGGCUUUGCAGGAUCACUGAAGUGGAAGAAACUAAAAUAUUCUUCAGAAUGAUUCCCAUGUUGAUGCCUUUUGUCAUCUGUGGAAUUGUUUCCUCAGUAAGGACCUCUUUUUUCCUAGAGCAAGCCAUGAGUAUAACUCAUAGAUUUAGGUUCUUAACAUUCUCAUUCCUUAUAUUCUUCUAUGCAUCCUCCAUGUAUAUAUCCGCUAGCAUUUAUGCUUUAAUUGCAAUCAUCAGAAGAAUUUUUGGAAUGGUGAAGCAAAAACACAUACCUAUAAUAGGAAUUGGAUUUGGAAUCAUGAUAUCCAUUUUCUGUUGCAUUGUCGUGGCGCUAGUGGAGCAAACGAGGCUAACUGUGGCCAAGGGACAUGGCUUAAUCAACGUCCCUCAAAGCACAAUCCCAAUGAGUAUUUUCUGGUUGAUUCCUCAGUUUGUCCUCUUAGGUGCUCCACAAGGGAUUCUCCUCAGUAACAUGACCCAUUUUUUGGUCAAUCAUGUACCUAAUUCAAUGCAAUCAUAUUUGAGCAAACUCACUGAAGCUUUCUUGGGAGUUGGAUUCAUAGCUAGUGUUCUAACUGUUAAUGUUGUGGGAAAGAUUAGCGACGAGAGAGGGGGUGAAAGCUGGUUCAGGGAGACAUUAAACAAAAGCCAACUAGAUAAGUACUAUUACACACUACCAACAAUGAGUUGUGCCAAUCUUUUUUUCUAUCCACUUGUUGCUUCUUGGUUUAAUUACAAGGAGGUACACAUUCCAACAGAAGAACAAGAAGUGGUAGAUGAAGAAAGGUUUCAAUACCAUGAAGAGUAA